UGGCGGGUGGCGGCGGAUGGCGGGCCAGUCCCUCCUCCGUGCAGCCCCGCCCCCGGCUGAAGGUCAGCGCGCUUUGUUCCCGCCGCCCGAGAACCCACGCGAAGCCGCGCAGGCGGUUCCUUGAGGGGACAAGGCCUCCCCAGCGAGCUGUUGUAACAAUGUGCUUCCAUCCUGUGUCCAGGAGACUCAGUCUAGUGAGGGGACAAAGGCGUUCAGAUGGCAGAAAACAGUCUUUCAGAUGGAGGCCCUACAGAUUCUGUGGAAGCUGCUAAAAAUGCCAGUAAUACAGAAAAACUCACAGACCAGGUGAUGCAGAACCCACAAGUGCUGGCAGCUUUGCAGGAACGUCUUGACAACGUCUCUCACACUCCUUCUAGUUACAUAGAAACUUUACCUAAAGCUGUCAAAAGAAGAAUUAAUGCCCUGAAGCAGCUCCAGGUGAGGUGUGCGCACAUAGAAGCUAAGUUCUACGAGGAAGUUCAUGAUCUGGAGAGGAAGUAUGCAGCCUUGUACCAGCCUCUAUUUGACAAGAGAAGAGAAUUCAUCACUGGUGACGUGGAGCCCACAGAUGCAGAGUCAGCGUGGCACAGUGAGAAUGAGGAGGAGGACAAGUUGGCUGGAGAUAUGAAGAAUAAAGUAGUCAUAGCUGAGAAAGAAGCAGAAACAGUGGAAGAGCUGAACCCCAAAGGCAUCCCUGAGUUCUGGUUCACCAUCUUCAGAAAUGUGGACAUGCUUAGUGAGCUGGUACAGGAAUAUGAUGAACCGAUCUUGAAACACCUGCAAGAUAUUAAAGUGAAGUUUUCAGACCCUGGACAACCUAUGUCUUUUGUGCUAGAGUUUCACUUUGAACCCAACGACUACUUCACCAAUCCUGUCCUGACGAAAACGUACAAGAUGAAAUCAGAGCCAGACAAGGCCGACCCGUUUUCUUUUGAAGGUCCUGAAAUUGUGGACUGUGAUGGGUGUACAAUAGACUGGAAGAAAGGAAAAAAUGUCACAGUCAAAACCAUCAAGAAAAAGCAGAAGCACAAGGGCCGGGGCACCGUACGAACCAUCACCAAGCAAGUGCCCAAUGAGUCCUUCUUCAACUUCUUCAGCCCCCUGAAAGCCUCUGGAGAUGGAGAGUCUCUGGAUGAAGAUUCCGAGUUCACCUUAGCCUCUGACUUUGAAAUUGGGCACUUUUUCCGUGAGCGCAUCGUGCCACGGGCUGUCCUCUACUUCACUGGGGAGGCCAUAGAGGAUGAUGACAAUUUUGAAGAAGGCGAGGAAGGUGAAGAGGAGGAAUUGGAAGGUGAUGAAGAAGGAGAAGAUGAGGAUGAUGCUGAUGUUAACCCCAAGAAAGAACCCAGCCAGCCAGCGGAGUGCAAGCAGCAGUGAGAAGCAGUGACCCUGUGGGGCCGCCUUGUCGAUGGCUGUCAGGACCGCAGGCAGGGGCCUCAGUCCCUGCCAAAGCAGAAUUUUGUUGACAGUGCUGUGACAUCUAACCAUUUCCAAGUGCAUGAUUCCUCUCCCCCUCCCCAUCUUACUUUGCUAAACUUGUACAGUGGAGACUGCUGCAGUUCAGAAUAGGAGAUUUAGUUGUAGCACCUGCAGCUUGGUGCCUGAAGAUCACUUGGGGUGGACCGAGGUUGUGCCUGGGAUUGACAGAGCCUGUGAUUGUGUGCACCCGGCCCUCCCUACUGGCAAGGCCCCAUGAUUUCCAGCCGCUGAACUGCGUGGGAAGCUGCUCCAGCUGCUGUGCCCUAGUCAUCGCCCAAGCACUGUAGAGGAAGCUGUGCUCGCCUUAGAGCAUUUUUUUUUCUUGCGUUUUGGUUUUAGGGGUGGGUGGGUUGUGGCACACACCUCUGAGGCCAGAGCCAUCGGGUUCACCCUCGUACUUAUUUAUUUACUUGUGCUUGGGGAGCUUUGGACUUCACUGUCCUCCUCCCACUUAAGAGACCAUGUUGCUGACUUGAUCAGGAGGAUGUGACACCAAGUGGAGGGAGGCUCAUGGAGGAAGCCCUGCUACUUCCUGCCACCAGCUGUGCUGCGCUGUGCCAUGCAGACCAUAUGUUAUUGCCGCUGGAAGUUGGCAGGCUGUAGCCAGGGGGCAGAAGUUCUCCUUCACUAGGGAUCUCUGGCCUGUGGAGUACAGCUUCAGCUUGUACUGUGCACACCAGGGCCACACCUGGGUUUGGUGACCAGUUGGUGGUUGGUGUGGUGCGGGGGGAGGGGUGUUUCUGAGAGUAUGGUUGUGUCUCUGGUAGCCAGGACAGCCAUGUCCACAGUGACCAGCCAUGUAGAGUGUGCUCAGCCUUACCCAAUAACACAUUUGUAACUGAAUACGGUGUUUUCAAUUUGUACAGAAUAGUUAGGAUAUUCUAUUAAAGUUGUGAAACACAAA